UCUGCUGAAGCUCUCUCUUUCUCUCUGUUCAUCAAUGGCGGACCUUGAGUGCCCGACAGUGAUGAACAAGCUAAUCACGUUUCUAUCGUCUCUUCUUCAACGAGUAGCGGAAUCCAAUGAUCUCAACCCUCGAUUCCACCCGCAGAAGAUCUCGGCUUUUCAUGGUCUCACUAGGCCAACUAUCUCGAUCCAAAGCUAUUUAGAGAGGAUUUUCAAGUACGCCAAUUGUAGUCCUUCGUGUUAUGUUGUCGCAUAUGUUUAUCUGGAUCGGUUUACUCAGCAACAGCCUGCGCUUUCAGUCAAUUCCUUCAAUGUUCAUCGAUUGUUGAUUACUGGAGUAAUGGUUGCUGCGAAGUUCAUGGAUGAUUUAUAUUACAAUAAUGCAUAUUAUGCAAAAGUUGGAGGAAUCAGUACAACAGAAAUGAAUUUUCUUGAAGUGGAUUUCUUAUUUGGAUUAGGGUUUCAAUUGAAUGUCAACCCCACCACUUUCCACACCUAUUCUUCAUAUCUCCAAAGAGAAAUGUUGCUACUUCAACCACCAUUAGAUCACCAUCAUCUCAUUACAUCACCAUCAUCUUCUUCAUCUUCAUCAUCAUCAUCAUCAUCAUCAUAUAAAUCAUCAAUAUCAUCAAAGCUCCUUUAUGAAGAUGAUCAUCAACAACAAGAAGUGGCAGCAGUGUAAUACUCAAUCUCUUUUCUUUUUUUGAAACUGAAUCUUGAGCUUGAAUUAUAUGUGUUUUUAGGUAGAUUUGUAGAUUAUUUGAUAUGGGUUUAGCAAGUUAAACCUUUUUUAUGGCAGUUUUUUUUUUUGGGAGUGUAUUUGACUUUACUUGAUUGGUGGUAUAUACAAAUUGGAUGCUUUUUUUUCCCUCUUUACC